AUGGCUUCUAUUACGAACAAUUUAAUGGAAUCCGAUGAUGAUUAUAUUCCACCGGUUAAAUUAAAGAAGACUACAAAUGAGGAUGAUCAUAAUGAUUUAUAUUGUUUUGAAUGUCAUGACGAAGGUGAUGUUAUUUGUUGUGAUUCAUGUCCACGUGUAUAUCAUUCCAAAUGUCUUGGAUUGACAAUAUUGCCUGAUGGUGAUUGGACAUGUCCUGAAUGUAAAAUUAUACAAUUAUCAUCUAAUAUAAAUAAUCCACGAAUAGAUGAAUUUCAUAUAAUGUUAAAAUAUGCACUUCGUCGAAUGAAAUCUCAUCCACAAUCUGCACCAUUUAUGAAACCUGUUGAUUCUAAUCAAGUUCCUGAAUAUCUUGACUAUAUAAUUCAUCCGACGGAUUUAGAAACAAUAGAAAAAAAUAUUGAUUUAAAAAAAUAUACAUGUACAGAUGCAUUUAUUGCUGAUGUUAAAUGGAUAACACAUAAUAGUGUUGUUUUCAAUGGAAGCAAUAAAUUUACUACAAUUGCACGUGCACUUUUAAAAAUUGCUCGUCAUGAAAUGACAGAAAUCGAAAUUUGUUCCGAAUGUUAUUUACGUAGUGCACAACCUGUAUCAACAGAUUGGUUUGCUGAGCCAUGUCGUAUUCCACAUACAUUAUGUUGGGCUAAAAUGAAAGGUUAUCAACCAUGGCCAGCUAAGGUUUUACGUAUCGUUAAUGAUGAAGUUGAUGUUCGUUUUUUUGGUCAACAUGAUCGAGCAUGGGUAUCAAUUAAUAAUUGUUUUGUUCUGUCGAAAGAAUAUCCAGGUGUAGAAAAGAAAAAACCUAAUAUAAAUUUUGAAAAAAGUCUCACAGAAUUACAAACUCAUAUUGAUCAAUUGAAAACACUUCAUGGAGGUUUUACUUAUGCACCACUACAAACACCACUUAAUUCCAUUCCACCUACUUAUGUCGCACCAACAACCAAUAAUAAUGCACUUCGUUCGUCUAUCAAGUGUGUAAAACAACCACGUUCUCCUAUUCCAUCACAAACAACGGAAUCAACUAUAAAUCUAAAAACAGCUACAAAGCGACAGAAUGAAAAUACUUAUGAACAACAACAGCAACAGCAAGAGUCAGUUAAACGAGCACGACUUUCAUCUCGACCGACGGAUGAUAAUAGUAUUAAUUCCAAUCGAAUUGUACUUCGAAUUCGAAAACCAAGUGAAGAUUUAUCAAGCAGUCGAAGUGAAACAUCAAAUAGUAGUAAUAGUAGUAGUAGCGGUCAUCAAUUAACUAUUCAAAUAAAAGAGCCAUUAUCAACAUUAAAAGAAGAUGAUGAAGAUCAAAAACAAUCUCAAUCAGAAAAUGUAUUCGAUAUGUUUAAUCCAAUUAAUCAAACAUUAGUUUCAUCAAAAAAUGAUGAUGAAGUGCCAUGUAGAUCACCUAAAAAUCAAUUAUCAUCUCCUUCUCCUUUGAAAAAUACCAUAUCAAAUCCUCUAUUAAUUAGUAAUUAUGUUGAUCAAAAUUUAAUAGCCAUCGAUUCAAAUAUCGAAGAUGUCAGAUUAUCAAUAAAUGCUUUACUGGAUGCUGUUGAUGCACUUAAAUCUAUAUCGGAAGUUCGUACUAAUCAAUCUUUACUAAUGACGACAUCAUCAACAAAUGAAUCUAGACCAGUACAACCUCAAUAUGCUGAACGACGUACAACAACAAAACAAUCACGAAAAUCUCGUUUACAACAUCGUAUAGUAACAACUCAACCAAAACCACUGAUUACUACUAAUACAACUCUUCCAUCUUUCGAACAUCAUUUAAAUGAACCAUCACUUUCUCCAACACCAACAAUCCCACCUCUACGACCAUUAUCAAUAAGUCCUGCAAGUAUCGAUUUUUUUGAAGAUGUUGCGGCUGUCACAAAUGAUGAUUUAUUAACACAACAUCAUCAAGUAGAAAGAACAAAAUCAAUUGAAACACUUAGUGUUAAAUCUGAACCAAUGGAUGAUGAAGAAAAUCAAAAACGUCGUAUAGUUCAAUCAAUACCAACAGUUCAUUCAUCUACACCAAGUUCAUCGACAGUUUCUACAAAAUCUUUUCUUAUAUCACCACCAGCAAGUACACAACAUCAUAAAACAAAAACUUCUAUUCCUUCUGCAACAACAACAUCAAACUCUCAAUUACCAGCAAUGAUAGCUAAUAGUAAUAACACUUAUGCGCCACGAAUAUCAUCAACAGUGCCACAAAAAAAUAAUAAUUGGCCUACAGCUGUACCUAUGACUUCUUCAACACGACAACCACAAAGGGCAACACAUAAACGACCUGGACUAGCGAUUUAUCCACCGACAGCUCAACGUAAUAGUAAGACUAAUUCACCGACAAUGAGAAUGAAUCCUUCGACAUCACUACAGCCUCAAUCAUUUGAUGCAUUCCCUAUUAAUGCAUCAAUACAACGCAGACCAAAUGGCAUGACUCAUUCAACACUUACCUCAAAUACACCACCAAUACCAAAUCGAAAUCCUAUACGAAUGCCACUAUUUAAUAAUCAUCCUAUUCGACCUUCAAUGGAAGAUCAUCAAACACCAGGUGAAAUACAAAUGAUUAUCAAAAACUUUAAUGAUAAAUUUCAACAGUUGCUAACUGAUUUUACUGUUAAAAUUGAAACAGCACUUGAAUCAAAUCGAGUCAAAUAUGAAAAAGAAUUAGAAGAAACUCGUCGUACAUAUCGUAUGUCAAUGAAUGAAUUACGUACAAUAACAACGCAACAAGUUCAAGAAAUGCACAAUAGUUUAGAGUUACAAUAUUGGACGCGUCUUUCAGAAAUGCGUAAUCGUUAUGAAUCAACACUUCAGCAACAACUUUCUAAAUCUUCGAAACAACUCAAUGGUGGUCCACGUUAG